GUAACAAAACCAUAUUUAAAGUUAAGUGCAAUAUUAAAAAUUGCAAAACUUCUAAAAUAAGAAGUGACAAGAUACAUGAACAUUAUAAACAUAAACAUCCUCAUGUCAAGCCAGCUGAUAUGAAAUUUACAAAGGUAGCCAUCAAAAGAGAUAAUAAUAAUUGGGUAUCUUUAAAUUGUGAUAUUCCAUAUAAUAUCACAAAUGGAGUUGAAACCCAGUUGCAAAAAAAGACAAUAACAUCUUACUUCCAAAAAAAAAUCUCAGUUAUUGAAGAUUCACAAAUUGUAUUAUCUCCUCAUCCAAUCCCCAGUUCCAGUGAGGUGUUUACUUUGUAUGAUGAGCAAAUCUCCAAUAUUGAAGAUUCACAAAUUGUAUUAUCUUCUCAUCCAAUCCCCAGUUCCAGUGAGGCGCUUACUUUGCAUGAUGAGCAAAUCUCCAAUAUUGAAGAUUCACAAAUUGUAUUAUCUCCUCAUCCAAUUCCCGGUUCUAGUUAGGCACUUACUUUGCAUGAGG